GGAGUGCUAGUGUUGUUCUAUGUUCUAACCGUAGUCGUAUAUGUUAUACCGUCCGUCUUUAUCAACUUAUUCAUUGAUUAUACAGUGAACGAAAAAGUUAAAAAGGAUGUCUCGGCCGAAAACAGGACCUCAAGAUUUACCUCCUAAGGGAGGAUAUGCUCCUUUCAAUAUCAAACGAAUCAAGCUACGUACUUUUCUAACAGGUCGUAUGGGUGUGGGAUUAUUUGUUGUUACCAAUAUCGUCUCACUUCCACUAUACUGUAAAAAUUGGGUAAAGGAUCGAAAAACAAUGCUUGAAACGAAAAGUCGAGAACUAGCAACAGUGCCCAUCUUGAUGGCAGAAAAAGAUAGACUGAUGUUAAAACAUCAGAAACGAAUGAGAGAAUUAGAAGCCGAUGUAAUGAAGGAUUUCCCAUUUUGGGAAGUGGGCACAUUUUUUGGAACGCCGAUAUACGAAAGUGUCCCAGAAGAUACGUAUAUUGAACCACUUUUCGGUGAAUGUUACAUAUAUACAGAUCCUGCCGACUUCCCAAUUAUGCAAUAUUCACAUCUGAUCACGUAAACUUUGCAUUAUGAGGUUGAUACGUAAGAUGGUAUGUUGUAUUACAUUAAAUAUAAUUAAUAAAGUCAUAUUACAAAUACACGAAAUCGUUGUGUUCUUGUCUUGUAUACUAUAGCGAAAGCUGUUUAGAUCGUAAUCUUUAUCAUACGAUCAUAGUGGAAAUGGAGUAAUUAUUACGUAGAAUUUCGAUUAAAAUUCGAAGGUAGUUUGCGAGAAAUUAAAUAUUAUUCAUUAUUCGGGCGAUUGGUUCGAUCGAUCGCGUAAAAGUUGUAAAUCUUAAUACAUGCGUUUCUUAGAAGAAAAAAAAAAAAAAAAAAAAAAAAAAAAAGAAAGAAAAAGAAAAAAAAAAGAAAA